AUGGCACAAAAAGAUUCAGUGGAGGAGUUCUUGGUCCAGGCUGUGAGUGCAGCUAAAAGUGCUGGAGAGAUCAUUCGUUCAGGGUUCUAUCAGGCAAAGCACGUGGAGCACAAAGGCGUGGUGGAUUUGGUCACAGAGACUGAUAAGAAAUGUGAAGAAGUCAUAUUCAAUUUUCUCAAACAACACUACCCUGAUCAUAAGUUCAUUGGGGAAGAAACCACGGCUGCUUGUGGUGCUUCAGAUUUGACUGAUGAACCAACUUGGAUUGUUGAUCCCUUGGAUGGAACAACUAAUUUUGUGCACGGGUUUCCAUUCGUAUGUGUCUCUAUUGGCCUGACAAUUGGACAAAUUCCAACUGUUGGUGUUGUCUAUAACCCUGUUAUGGAUGAGCUCUUUACUGCCGUCCGUGGAAAAGGCGCUUUUCUGAAUGGAAAACCUAUCAAGGUAUCUUCUCAAUCUGAGCUCGUGAAGUCCCUUCUCGCAACAGAGGUAGGAACAAAGCGUGACAAGUCUACUGUGGAUGACACUACAAAUAGAAUCAAUAGCUUGCUCUUCAAGGUUAGGUCACUUCGGAUGAGUGGUUCUUGUGCAUUGAAUCUCUGUGGGAUUGCAUGCGGAAGGCUUGACCUAUUCUAUGAAGUUGGGUUCGGAGGACCUUGGGAUAUAGCAGCUGGUGCUGUUAUAGUAACUGAAGCUGGAGGAGUUCUGUUUGAUCCAUCCGGCAAGGAAUUUGAUAUCACAUCUCAGCGAAUAGCAGCGUCAAAUCCUCUUCUCAAGGAAGUAUUUAUCAAGGCAUUGCAACAGUCAGAAUGA